UAACUAUUCAGUAUAAAAGCGCCAGACUACUGUAGGAAAGGCAUCAGAAGCUAGGCAACUGAAAAAGAAAAAAUCAAAAAUGAAUCAAAAACUCUUUUCGAUUUUGUUCUGUGCUCUCUUGGCCGGAAGUCAAAUCCAUGAGACAUUCGCUUACGCACUUGGAGCAUAUGGAGGCUAUGAUGGCUAUGAAUAUGGUGCUGCUCCCUACGCUGCAGCCCCACUUGCCGCAGCCCCGUUAGCCUCAGCUCCCUAUGCCGCAGCUCCUUAUGGAUAUGAUGGAUUUGACUAUGGAUACGAUGGUGCUUAUGCCGCUGCUCCUAUUGCCGCAGCUCCUAUUGCCGCAGCUCCUAUUGCCGCAGCUCCUGUUGCCUUAGCUCCAGCUCCAGUUGCCUACGCUCCAGCUCCAGCUCCAGUUGCCCUCGCACCAGCUCCAGUUGCCUACGCUCCAGCUCCAGCACCAGCUCAAAUUGCUGUCGCUCCUGCUCCAGUCGCUGUAGCUCCAGCUCCUGUUGCCUACGCACCAGCUCCAGCUCCAGUUGCCUACGCUCCAGCUCCAGCUCCAGUUGCCUAUGCUCCAGCUCCUGCUCCAGUUGCUUUAGCACCAGCUCCUGUUGCCUACGCUCCAGCUCCAGCUCCAGUUCCAGUUGCAGUCGUUCCAGAACCAGUUCCUGUUGCCCCCGUUGUCGUAGCUCCAAGUCACACCAUCGAUGAGGCAGUCCAAGGUGAAUCUAGACUUUGGGAACAGACUAAUACCGCUUUGCAAAAAGCCUCCAACCUUUUGGCUUCCAGAAGAGAACACUGGUAAACUAAAAUUUUGUAAAUUGUCUAUUAAAUAAAGUUGCUUUAUCCAUGA